AUGGCAUCAGAGGAUUUCAGCUACCUGAUUGCAGGCCACAAUGAGAAACACAGGCGGGCCCCGAACUGGACCGACGGGGAAAUGAAAGCCCUCCUCUACGUGUGGGACGAGCACCACCACGAACUGAAAAUGAGCAAGAGGAACGCCAAGGUUUACGAGAAGAUGUCGCAGAGGUUUUUCCAGCUGACCGGGGAGCAGCGUUUCAAAGAGGAGAUCAAGAUGAAAAUCACCAACAUGUCCUUCCAGUACAGGCGGCUGAAAUCCACAAUUGCAGAAAGCGGGGAGAUGCCGGACUGGCCGUAUUUUAAAUCCAUCGAGAAGAUCCUCACCAAGCCGCUGGAGAACGGGCGGGUGAGCUCUGUGGAGCUUCAGGCCUCCGCUCCGGGCCCCUCCACUUCCUCCCAGUCCACAGACAACCUGGUAGGCCCGUCGGAGGAGGCCAUGAUGGGAUUCCUGCCAGAGUACACAGGCUCCUCAGAUGAGAUGGAGAUAAAGCAAGAGCUGGAGUCGUUGAGCUCUGACAGUGACAACACACAGGGAUCCAGCUCCCAUCCUAUUUCAGUGAAGAAGAGGCACGCCAACAAGCCUCUUUCCAUGAAGAAGAAGAAGCUGCGGUUAAUGCAGUCCAUGCUGCAGCAACAGAAGCGGUCGAGCCGAGCCAUCGAGGAGACGUGCAGGGAGGUCCGUCGAGCCAUGCACCAACAGAACCUCCUCCAGGUGCAGUGUCUGCAGCUGCAGGAUCGCAUGAUGAACCUCCUGGAGAAGUUGAUCCCGCCGCCCUCUGCCACGUCGUGGGGUCAGAGUGGAAACCAGGAACCAGGGAAACCAUGA